GACAGAAAGAGAAGAUGCAGUUGUGUGGAGAUGUCUUGAGGGAACACGGAUUAUGGAUUAUGGAUUCAGUACAUUUUUAGCAUUAAAAACAGACACAUCGGGCGCAUCCUGUCGCAGAGCAUCUCAAACAUACUUCACUUUCAAAAUGCUCUGAGAGCAAUUCCUAUGGUAGCAGGCCAAUGUCUGGACAUGGGCAACGGUUCAAUAAAGCCCCCACGGGCUGAGAAGAAAACCUGCCUGGCCUCCAACCACACAGACCCCCCAGGUCUGGAAUUGGACAUCUUGAGGAUGCGUAUAGACUAUUUGGAACUGGAGCUGGCACAGAGGGACCAAGUGUUAGAAGCUCAAGAACUUCAGUUGCAGCAUCUGCGGAGGGAGCUCGAUGCAAAGGUCUCCCAGAUUGACAAACUGCAGGAUGCUAUAGGGUACAACAACAGCUUGGGGUGUGCACCAAAAGGACUGUGCCACCGGCGCUUCAGUGUCAUCAAUCAAGGUCCCAGUCGUUUCCACAAGGUCGCCGUGGAGGUCCACCAAAGGCUUAAAGCGAAGGAAGGUGUCUCUGCUGAACCUACUUCAGAAAACUUCUGCGGGUGGCUCAGACCUACUCACAUUUCCAUGGUGAAGCCCAUACACAAAGAUUCAGAAAUUAAAAAGCUAAUGAAUGACGCCAUCACAAACAAUGACUUCCUUAAGAGAUUGGAGCCACAGCACAUGAGGGAGAUGGUUGACUGUAUGUAUGAGAAAGUGUACAGUAAAGGACAGCUCGUCAUCCAGGAGGGGGAAUCUGGAAACGAUCUCUAUGUUUUAGCAGCUGGCUUGCUGGAAGUCAUCCAGAGUGGCAAGCUACUUAGUGAGAUGCGUCCUGGAACAGCAUUCGGAGAACUGGCAGUACUGUAUAAUUGCAAAAGAACAGCCACCGUAAAAGCUGUGGCCGAGUCCCACAUAUGGGCCUUGGAUCGUCAGACUUUCCAGGCGAUCAUGAUGCGGACUGCACAAGCCCGACACGAGGAGUAUUUCAGCUUUUUACGCAGUGUAUCUCUGCUUCAAGAACUGCCAGAAGAGAAACUUGCCAAGAUUGUUGAUUGUCUUGAAGUUGACUAUUUUCAAAAGGGAGAGUACAUCAUUCGUGAAGGUGAAGAUGGAAACACCUUUUUUAUCAUAGCAAAGGGAGAAGUGAUUGUGACACAAAGCACGGAAGGUUUUGCUGAGCCUCAGCAAAUCAAGACCCUUGGAGUUGGAGACUACUUUGGAGAGAAAGCUCUCAUCAGUGAAGAUCUUCGCUCAGCCAACAUCAUCUGCAAUGAGGAUGACACGCAUUGUCUAGUGGUGGACCGGGACAACUUUAACCAGAUGGUGGGAACCUACGAGGAACUUCAAGCUUACCUGAAGGAAUAUGUAGAAGAACUUUCCAGGAGUGAUGAGAGGAGGAAUGCCCUGCCACAUUCACCACAGAUUGAUUCUGCAGAAGCCCAAGAGCUGAGAAGGUUAAAGGAAAGGAUUGUCCUACUACCACAUAAUCAGCCUUUCCAGCAGUUGGAGGUGAUAGCGACAUUGGGCAUGGGAGGAUUUGGACGAGUGGAGCUGGUGAAACUAAAGGAUGAGGACACUACAUUUGCUCUGAAAUGCAUUAAGAAGAAGCAUGUCGUGGACACCAGACAGCAGGAACACAUUUACUCAGAAAAGAACAUCCUUCAGCAAACCAACUCGGGAUUUAUCAUCAGGCUAUUCCGAACAUUUCGCGACAAUAAAUAUGUCUACAUGCUGUUGGAGGUGUGUCUUGGAGGAGAGCUGUGGACUGUGCUGCGUGACAUGAAUUAUUUUGAUGAACCGACAGCCAGAUUUUGCAUAGGUUGUGUCUUAGAGGCUUUUGAUUAUCUUCACACCAUGGGUAUCAUAUAUAGAGACCUCAAACCCGAAAACCUUCUCCUUGAUGCAAAAGGUUAUGUCAAAAUGGCAGACUUUGGGUUUGCAAAAAAGAUUGGUCUUGGAAAGAAGACCUGGACAUUCUGUGGGACCCCAGAGUAUGUGGCCCCAGAGGUCAUCAUGAACAAAGGCCAUGACUUUGGAGCUGACUGCUGGUCUUUAGGAAUCCUCAUAUUUGAACUUCUAACGGGCAAUCCCCCAUUUGGUGGAUCAGACCCGAUAAAGAUCUACACAAUGGUCCUUUAUGGCAUUGAAAAGGUGGACUUCCCAAAGAGAAUAAGCAAGCGUCCCGAUGACCUCAUCAGGAGACUCUGCAAGCAAAACCCAGUGGAGAGGGUGGGGAACAAAAAGAAUGGGAUCAUUGACAUCAAGAAGCACAAAUGGUUCCAGGGCUUCAAUUGGGAGGGAUUGAGGGGGCACAAGCUUCUGUCUCCUCUGAAGAGAGAGCUGAAUGGCCCAAUGGAUCACAGCCACUUUGACAUCUUUCCUCCUGACAUGGAAAUUUCCCCUGAUGAGUCUUCUGGAUGGGAUAAAGACUUCUGAUUUCUCACGCAAAAUGUACAUAGUAAAUGGGCUUUCACUUGUAUAGUGUUCCUACCAUCCAUGUGCUCGAUGGACUUCAACACCGUCUCCUCAUUCACCUAAUGAUGAGGCCGCAUCAGGAGCACUGGAGGUUUAAUCACCUUGCUCAAGGAUAAUUCGACAUGCUCAGGAUCGAACCCGCAAGCUUCCAGUUGGUAGAUGACCACACUACCCCCUGAGCCAUGCAAGUCUCAUACACUUACUGCUUUAAAGGUGUUUCACUUGCAGAAUCAGGAAUUCAAAUGGGGUUUAUUUGUAAAUUAAGACUGAACAUGUCAGCUCAUGUUCAUGUCAUUAUGAGUUAAGCAACAAACGCCCAAAACGUUCCUAACCACUGUAGAAACAGUAUUAUUGGUAAUACAGGAGUGUCUUGAGAUACAAAUUCCUCAUCUUUCCCAAUUAAGAUAAAUGGAAAUGCCAUAAAUCUUUUCCAGCCAUCCUCUAAAAAUAGUUGUUUUUUCCCACACUUUAUAAUAUUUAAUGUACUAUAUAAAAACAUACAGUAGUGACAUAAACAUAAUGUAAAGUACUACACAGUUUGUGCCACCAUUUUGGUUUCAAUUCAAUGGACAUCGUACUGCUCCUUUUGGUGUGGUCACAACUCCUCCGUAAGCCGGAGUAAAAUUGUUCUUUAUUGACAGAGGAUAAAGAAUAUAUGCCUGUGAGUAUUAUUAUAUUAUUUGUCAACAUGAGUUUCUCCACUAUUUGUGUUCAAAUAUCUGUUGCUUGAAGAGUUAUAACACCAAGACAUCAAUGCUAUGUAACGU